AUGCCCCUGACUCUUCGAAAUCAAGAGUCCUCUCCAGAGUCAGAUGCUUCUUUACAGCAGCUGCCUUGGGAUCUAGCUAGAAAUGAACUGAGGGCCAGAAGGGAAAGGAGUUUGUAUGGGAUUGGAGAUGAGAUCAUUGGAGGACGGGAAGCUAAGAAGUACUCCCGUCCUUACAUGGCUUACACAAUCAUCAAAACAUCUGAGAAUGAAGAACUGGCAUGUGGAGGGUUCCUGAUCCAGGAAGAUGUGGUGGUGACAGCGGCUCACUGUAACACCGACAAAAUGUCUGUGAUUCUGGGAGCGCACAACAUUCGGAAGCCAGAACCAAACUCACAGAGGAUCGAAGUGAGGCACUGGAUUCCCCACCCUCAGUUCAACAGGACGGCCUUUUACUAUGACAUCAUGCUUCUGCAGCUGAAACACCACGCCAGGCUGAAUCACCAAGUUCAAACCAUCCCCCUGCCUGCUUGGAGGAAGUGUGUGAAACCAGGAACCAUGUGCUCCGUAGCUGGCUGGGGCGGAACGUGUCUGUCGAAUGAAACCGGCUCUGAUGUACUGCUGGAGGUGGACUUGAAGGUCCAGGAUGAUGACAUCUGCAAAAAGACUUUCUUCAGAUAUUCUCCUCAGGUUCAGAUGUGCGUGGGAGAUUCCUCUGGAGAGAAAUCAACAUUCAAAGGUGAUUCUGGGGGUCCUCUGGUGUGCAACGGGACAGCCUAUGGCAUUGUCUCCUAUGGACCACAUGGAAAAACCUUCCCUAAAGUAUUUGCAAAAGUGUGCAGUUUCAUCCCCUGGAUCAACGAAGAGCUUAAAAAGCUACAUCCUUAG